UCGAGCUACCUACUGUGCAAAGUAGAAUAUUGUCAUUGUACAGAGAAAAAUGAGAUUUAAAGCUUCACCAUUAUAUGCACCACAUAAAAGCAAGACUACAAUAAGGCUAAUAUAAAAACACAGGUUGUAGUGUACACAUAUUGGGAAUAAAGUGAAUAAGUGACUAGUAGCCAGAGGUGGGUAGAGUAGCCAAAAAAUAUACUCAAGUAAGAGAAGCGUUACUUCCAAAUAAUAUUACUCAAAAUUAAAAGUAGUCAUCCAAAAAAUGUACUCAAGUACAAGUAAAAAAGCAUUUCGUGAAAAAAAAAAUACUCACGUAAUAAGUAACAUUGUGAGUAACUGCUUAGAAUUUUUUUGGUUAUAUUUUUUAUACAUAUAUGCAAAGUUAUAUAUGAACUGUUGUUACAAUGAUACUGUACAUUAACCCAUUACAUAACCACAUUAAGCCAAAGAAAUACAUUUUUUUUUAAAAAUCAUUGAAUUCCAACGUGAGAGGGCAAUAAAAGACCAAAAUGAGGCAUUAUUCGUGCAAAGAGCAUGAGUGCUUUAGUGGAGAAAAUAGUUCUUAGUUUGACUAGUGAAUAGUUUCUUCAUAGUUACUAUUAUGUAGUGCUUAACUUGUAAAUCAUAAGGUGCCGGAACACAAAGUACAUAUGACAGCGCAGGGAUGACGAGAUGGGCACAGGUCCUGGAACAUACCCAGAAAAUGGUGCUGAAAACAACACGCAAAUGCCCACUUGCCAUGCUGUGGGACUUAAAGCCCCAAUUUCAGAUAAUAUCCAUGCUAUAAAUGUUAUGACAAUUAUUACAAUUAUUUAGGCUAUACUCUGUACAGCACGGGCAACUGCCCACAUAACCACAGGUGUGACUUACAAUAACGUACAGUCUAACUUGUAAAAAAACCUGAGACUAUAAUAAAAAACACAAACCCAUUCUUUUGCGAGUUCCACCCCCCCCCCAAACCCCCCCCCUCUCUGGCUCUAAAGUUCCCACCGCCUUACAAAUUGUGCAGCCCAAACCUGAAUUUCACAUAAGGGUAUUGGCCUGUUGCCCCGGCUGUUGGUGGUCCACCUGGCUGACUGCCGGCGCUGUAGCUGGCCCCCACUCCGGGUGGCGCUAAACCUGACCUGCUGCUGCCAUGGUAGCAGCUUCCUGCCCCGGCUUGGCUGGCUGUCCUUGAACCUGGCUAGCUGCUGCGGCGUUAGCCUCCUGCUGUUAGCAUACCUCCUCCGUUAGCAAGUUCGCUGCAGUUGCCCUCAUCACCGGUUGUUGCUUUUCUGACUCCUUUUGAACCAUCUUCCUUCUUUUUGAAAAAAGACAGUAAAUGCAACCGUCUUUUUGGCAUGUUGAAGUACCGUUUAAUCUUGGCUGCUUGCUCCCAAGAUGCCGCAAAUUUCCAAAGGUUUUUUGUUGUUUUUUUUACGACCAGAGGCGUGAUUUGUUGUUCCAGCUUUUCAGUGCAUCAACAACUCUCCGAUUCUUUCAAAUGACGUUAAAUUUUUAUAAACAACAUGCAAUUCUUGGGAUUUAUUCUGUAAAUUAACUUAUGCAUAUUAUUAUUUUAUUUUAUACUAUAAUGUCCGUAACUAUGCACAAUCCCAUUAAGAGAGGCUGGGACUGGAGGGCGAAAAGCAAAAGCGGUCGAAUGUGUCGGUUAUUUUGUUUAUUGUUUUCUUACUGUUGCCACAAUAAAGUGGAGAAAGCCAUUAACGACUCCUCUCCUUCUUACCCCCCAUUCGGGGCUAUUACAAUACAUUUUUUAAAAAUGUUUUUAUAGUAUUUUUAUUAUUUUCUAUACACGAGAGGUGCCUGAUCUGCUCAAAUAAGUCCCGGAACACAGGGAGGCCAAAAUCAAGAGGUGCCGGAUCUUGUUCCCAGCAUGAUCUGGCCCAAAUUAACCCCUGCUAUUAUGAAAUUAAAAGGAUCUAAAAGGAUCAUAUCACCGGUUUUCCGUGGUCAAUCGGUGCCAAAUAAAGACUGGGAGAGAAGUUAAAAUCCGCGCUCCUGAGUCAUGUUGAGUGCAGAGCUCUUUGUCAAAUCCUUCAUUUUUACAGUGCUUUAAAGAUGCCACGUGAUUGAACAGGCGCCUCAUUGGUGAAAUAGAUAGAGCUGUUCUUGGCAUCGCUGGCAAAAAAAAAAAAAAAAAAACUACUCCACCCCUAUAGAACUCUAAAAAACUUUUUUUUUCUCAAAAAGUUACUCAAAUAAAUGUAACGGAGUACAUGUAAUGCGUUACUACCCACCUCUGCUAGCAGCAAGUAGUUAUGUAGUGGUAAUAUACAGUGGGGAAAACAAGUAUUUGAUACACUGCCAAUGGGAAAACCCAUUGGCAGUGUAUCAAAUACUUGUUCUCCCCACUGUAACUGCGUAUAUGACAAUAUUCAGUAGUCAUACAAGGCGGCAGAUGGCUGACCUGAUAUGAUAGUGCAAAUGACAGUUCGUGCAUAGACUAACUGCAAAAAUGCUUUAAUGUAACUGCAUAUAUUACAUACGCUGUAUCUAAAUUAUGCAGUAACCAGAUUGAGAACGAUGUCUAAGAACAUAUUACUUAGUGACGAACACUACAUAUGGCAAUGUUGAGGCAUUAGCAGUGCAAUGACAGUGACAAAGCAGACAAUUAUGGGGUUCACAUUUCAACCUGUAGUAGAGAGUAGAGAUUCAUAUUCUUGAAUCUUAAUUUCUGGCUGCCCAAAUUUUCCAGUUUCUCAUUUUAUGAACUUUGUCCACCCCCCCCCACCCCCCCCACCCCCCCCACCCCCCCCAAAUAGACACACACAGAUUUAGCCAAUGCUGUAUCAGCCAUGUUUGUUGGGGCGGGAGGUGGUUUUACCGGCUUCUUACCACGUGGUUGUUUUCAGGUCACCCCGUUAAUCCCGUCCAAUCUGCUUUACUUCUGAUUAGCCAUUUUACCUUCUCUCUCACUGCUUUCCCUGCUUUUAAAUCAAGGUUAACCUGCUAUAGUUUAAGUGCAACUUGUAGAUUUGAAAUUGGGUGACUAAAAAUCUGCACUGAGGUUUGACUGGUUCGCUUUUUAUGUGGGAAAAUCCUGUUGAUUUGUUAAAAUCUACUCAUACGAGAUGGACGUCUACUGCUUUUACAGGUACUUUUACAAAAUGACACCAGCGGUGGGGAAUUCCACAACAAGGUAGAUGAGGAUUAAUUACUUAGUAGACAUUAAAUAAACUUGUGAGGAUUGAAACGUCUGUACUCUCUUAGUUUUUCUACUACUCACUUCUUGUGGCAUAUAGGUUUCAAAUUGCACAAGAACAUUUUUGGAUAAAAUCACCCAACAUUAUGGUUCAUUUUGGUGAUUUAUAUUUCCCAAUUUACAUAUUUUCAAUGCAGAUAUAGUUGUUGAAUUUCAGAUCUCACUUCAGCAAGAUAUUCAUAUUUGAUUUAAAACCACAGUUCAUGCUUUAAUGCUUAGCAGUUGUGCUACAUUUUACACAGUAUGUCUCCAAUUCUGCAUUUUAAUCAUGAAAGCUUAAGUAAUACAGAUGUCAGUCAGUUCUUGCUGUGAUGGUUUCAUUUACACAGAUGGUAGACAUCAAAAUGCAGACUCCCACCAUACUUGUUGCUAUUUGGCAUUGAGGCAGAUGUGAGGCAAAGUCUAUGCUGUUUUUAUGCAAAUAUAAAAAAAAACUGUAGUUGUACACAUUGUCAUGUUGUGCCUUUUUUGCCACUGAAUCCAAGGUUUCGAUACUCAACUUUUUUGGCCCUUUUCACAUUUAAGGAAAACAGAAACUCAACGAACUAAAUACAGAAUAGGAAAAAAAUACGAAAGAAAUAAAAACAAACAUGAGUCAGUCUGAGUUUUUCCACCUCAAGUCUAGCUAUCAUUUCCUCUUAGACCUUCAAUUUGGCGGACCAAAAAGUAAUUAAUCACAUGAUCAAAAAUUAUCUUCCCCCAUUCAUCGUGUCCCAUUCAUACAAAAUUGUGACACAAUGGGGACUCUCCAAAGAUUAAAGCUUACCAUUACUCUUGAAAUCAAAGGUUUGACUUAUUCACUGCCGAUCCAGGUAUACUGAAUGUCAAGUACCGUAAAUUUUGGACUAUAAGCCGCUACUUUUUCCCCUUAUUCUGAAACCUGCCACUUAUAGUCCAGUGUGGCUUAUUUGUUCAUUUAAUAGAUUAAUAGGUAACACUUUAUUUGACAGCAGCGUCAUAAGACCGUCAUAAUUAUGACAUGACACUAUCAUGGGCAUUAAUGAAUGCAUAUGACAGAUGUCAUUAAGUGUCAUCCGGCAAAUUAUGUCACUAACUCAAUUUAUGUCCAGCUCGGAUCUUUUGCAUCGAUUCAAAAGUGAGAUAAUUUGCCGGAUGACACAAAAUUAUAUGUCAUAAGCAUUGAAUAAUGCUCAUGGCAGUGUCAUGUCAUAAUUAUGAUGGUCUGAUGACUGUCUUAUGCUGCCACUGACAAAUAAAGUGUUGCCAAAUACCAUAACUAGCAAUAACAACCGGAACAGUAACUGAAGAAAUAAUUAGCACAGAACAAGUAUUUUUAUUUUCAUUGUUAUUAACAUCUGUAACGCUGCAUUGCAUGCCAGGAGGCAUGUUGGACGACAACACUGUUGACAGCAGGUGGCAGCAGCGGUAGACUAUCUCCCUCAAUGGAGCAGUGAUGGCCAAAUGAAGCCUUGCAGCUAAUUGGCUCAAAGCUUCAUGGUGGUUGAUUUGGUUUUAUUACAGUUUUAUGAUACAGCUGUCAAAUAAAGUGUCAGUGGUUAAUAUCUUUUGGUGUAAAUAUCCUAUAGUACAGUGAGGACAGCUGCGGCUUAUGUGUCAAAUUUGGUGGGUGGCGGCUUAUAGUCAGGUGCGCCUUAUAGUCCGAAAAUUACGGUAUUCAUGGAGUAUGUGUUAUGGUAGUUAGUGACAGAAAAUACAUAUUAAAACAUUGUUCAACAGCAAUAGAUGUCCAGUUCAUUCAAAAGGGAGGGGUUUGAAGCCUCUCAGACCAAAUAGAUUGGACGUCUAUUACUGUCAAUGGCAGGAAAAGAGUUUUAAUGGAUAAAUCCUUAAGCUUAGUGAACCUUUGGCUCAAACAAAUGAACACACUAUCUAAUAAAUUAAACCUUUGCAAUAAAGUAUUCGGCUAAGACCUCAGCCCUGCAUCUUCUUUUUGUACCUUUAAUCAUUCAUGAGUUAGGUCUUUUGUUUCUUUCCUUUACGUCCUAAAAGCUGCUGCCAAACUCUCAAGAGUGGAACAAUUUAGUUAGAUUCGAUAUGACGUUUUGAAGUAAGUAUCGUUUUGAUGGUUCACGCUGACACUGAGAAAAUAUCAUUUACAGGUUGCUUUACAGAGGGUCGUAAAAACGCUUGAAUUUGUCUGGCACCACUGGUGGGAGGGAGAAGACUGUUUGUUGACAUAGUGGAGACCCCUCUCACCCUUUCACGCUCCACGGUCAGCGUUUUCCACACCGACACACGUUUGUCUUGUGGCCGAUUCCAGCGUCAAGCUUUCCCUGGAGAUACAACCAGACAAAAUCUGUCUGAGCGAUGCUAGGGUAUAGCAACCAGAGGAUGUGGUCUCAGCGAGGCUCGCCACCCUUCCUAACGGCGUCUCCCUGACCCUCUCAUCGAUGACCGCCAGCCCUCUACCUGUCCACAACAUCCCAUCAUGAUGCUGCCUCUUGUUAUGACUCUGCUGUGCUUUCUGUGCUCAUCUGUGACCACGCUGACGCCCAGGGUCUCCUUCCCCAUGGGUAGUCCGGGGAGAUGUCUCACUCGCUUCAGCAGCGCUGACGUUGGCAACACCACUACCCUGCUGCUCAGCGACGGUGGAGAUACGCUUUAUGUUGGAGGCCGCGAUGCUGUGCUGGCGCUGGACGUCAGCCUCGAGGAUGCGAUCAUACUGAGGAACAAGCUGGACUGGAGGCCUUCAGAGAAAGAUCUUGAGCAAUGUUCCAUGAAAGGCAAGAUGUUGACGGACUGUCCUAAUUUUAUCCGCGUGCUGCUGUUCCUGAACGCCACUCACCUCUACGCCUGUGGAACAUUCGCCUUCAGCCCGCGUUGUAUCUACAUUAACUCUGAGACUUUAACUGUGAGUCUCAAGCCUGACGAGGGACGAGGUCGCUGCCCUUAUGAUCCCUACCAGCGAAACACUGCUAUCAUCGUAGACGGAGAGCUGUACACGGGCACUGUGGCUGACUACCGGGGCAAUUGGCCGCUCAUUUCCCGCCACCUCAGCGAAGGUUCCCGCGUGGACCUCAAGCUGGAUGACACGUUAGGAUGGCUGGAAGAUCCGACAUUCAUCAGCUCCACCUACAUUCCGGAGGAGGGAAAAAUCUACUUUUUUUUCAGUGAAGUGGGCCAAGAGUACGACUUCAUCGACAAGUUUGUCGUCUCGCGCGUUUCCCAAGUCUGCACGAGUGACAUUGGAGGGCAGCGGACGCUUCAACGGCGGUGGACCACCUUUGCCAAAGCACAGCUGCUGUGCCAGGCAGACGGCGAGCUCCCAUACAACGUCAUCCAGGACAUUGAUAGUUUGCCAGCAGCUGAGGGCAUGACAGCUGACGACACACUUUUCUAUGGCAUCUUCACCUCGCAGUGGUCGGUCAACUGGGGACUCUCAGCCGUGUGCUCGUUUCGCUUUUCCGACAUCAAGUCGGCAUUCUCUGGCUCCUACAAGGUCCUCAACCGUGACACGCUUCAGUGGAGCACGCGGGUUCAAGAGAGGGUGGCCAACCCGGGAGAGUGUGGCCUGCACAACGCGUCGGACAACGCUUUGCGCUUCGUCAAGGAGAACUUCCUAGCAGAUGAUAGUGUGCGGCCGGCGGGCGGCUCCCCAACGAUGGUGUCCGCCGAGCACCGCUACAGCCACCUGGCCGUUCAGAGAGUCCAGGCGGCCGAUGGCGUGGAUUACGUAGUUCUCUUUCUCCUCACAGAGUCUGGGUACCUUCACAAGGCGGUACUGCUGCAGAAUGGGGCACACAUCGUGGAGGAGGUGCAGGUGUUCCUUAAGCCACAGCCCGUCAAGAACCUGAAGCUGUCCAUACCCAAGGGUCAGAUAUACGUGGGUACAUCUGAGGGCGUGCUCAGGUUCCCGACGGCCAACUGCUCCUUCUAUUGGACCUGCGCUCAGUGCGUCCUCGCCCGGGACCCCUUCUGCGGGUGGGACGCAGCCCAACAGGCUUGCGUGGGCGUCACUGGCGCCCACCUGGGCCAGGACGUAGAAGGGGGCAAUGUGGAGAAGGCGUGCGAGAGCGUGACAUCGAUGCACCGAGCUCGUUUCGGACCAAAUAAUCUGCCUGCUGCUCCGUGUCCCGCAGGCGAGCCAGUGUCUGUGUCGCUGCACGAAGUGGUGCGUCUCCCGUGUCCAGCAGCGUCGCGCCUCUCCCGCCAGUCGUGGGAGCGCCCCAACAGCCGCCUGUCCCCGGACCUCUACCUGCACCUGGAUGACGGCAGCCUGAGUUUCGUGGCCACGCCCGCCACCCUGGGCCACUACCUGUGCCUGUCCGCCGAAAAUGGCUUCCGGCAGACUAUGGCGGUCUACCACGUCAAGCAGAAGAGCGGACCUCUACCUGACCCCUCGCCCGCUCGGCCUCAGACACCCGAGUCCACGCGGACCACCGGUGGGCAACUCGGGCGCAACUUUACUUUAUGGAUGGUGAAAGCGGCCCCCGAAGAGGCAGCCUUCCAGGACGGGGACCCCCUGAUGUCGACACGGACCCCCUCUUACCUUAAGGAGCUGGUGGUCGUGUCGGUCCUUUUAGUGCUUUGCCUCAGCGCUCUUAUCACAAUCCUCCUCUACGUGAUCAAACAGCGCUGGCACAGCCGCACCGCCCCGCAGCAGCUGGCGGCGAAUUCGGACAGACGGACCCCCGCGGAGGAAGAGGCCCUACGGGGGAGCCCGGCGCACAGCAAGCGCAACGGACACGGUCCCCAUACGCUCUCCAAUGGGGCGCUCUCCGCCUCCAAUGGACACUUGCCCAACACUCCUAUCUGAGUGAGCGCAACUCGCUAGGUGAGACGCACGACAACGAGGAGCCACGAGGUGCCGACUACGAACGCGAAUGGAAAUGACAUCAUUGCGGUACUUUAAAUGUCAAAGUACAACAGUAAGAAAUGCCAUCAAGGAGUUUUUAGGCCACGCUAAAUUGAAAAAUAGAAAAAAAUAUAUUGUUGAAAAAAUGUGGAAAAGUGAAGUAAGAGGGGAUCAUGUUACAAAAAUCCAGUUACUGUAGUCGUGAAAAAAUAAAGGGGAAUUAAGUUUUAAUUGAUUAUGUUAAGUUAUAAGAAAAAAAUAUUAAUGCUACAAUUUUUUUGUUUCUGAUGUCACCCAAAUGAGGCUAUACAUGUAAAAAAAAUUUGUAAUAUCAGUAGAGUUAUGUCACAUUUCACAUAAAUCUCCCGUUUUACAAGAGUAUAAAAAAAAAGCCAAAGUUCCAAUGAUACAGUCAAAGAUUUAUGACCAUAAAUCACAAUUUCUUCAAUAUAAUUUAAGCGUGGCCCAAACACUCCUUUGUUAAUUUAAUGUUUUUGAAUGUGUUUUCACUAAACAGAAUGCUACCAGUUAGCAUUCCAUGCCACGUGACUGCUACUUGUACAGUAUUUCACUUAGUAGGAUUUCAUACAAAAAAAGUUCAAUAGUUUGUAGAAAAUCACUGUUUGCACACUUUUAUCACAUCAUGACCCUUUGUAUGACUUUCUACCAAAGUGUGGCGUGUUAUGGAAAGACAUUGCUGUUCCUGAACGUGCCUUGGCUACACUACAACACUUGGACCCUGUAAUAAUGUGACCGUUAAAGCAUUGUGUGUAUUCGUGCGACUGUUUUGAAUGUUAAAUGUGAACAUGGUACUAUGUAACGUGCUUAGUGACCACUCUUAAUUCUCUAUGAGAGCAAAUCAGGACCAAAUAUGUUUGUACUCAUUCAGGGACAUUCUCUAGGUAUGACUGUCUUUGGAUACUUUUUUGGGGGGUGGGUUGGAAUGUCCCUUUUUCACAUCUGGACCAAAUCCGAGGAGGGGUGGACACAGCUGUUGCUACAAAAUACAACCACUGCCAUAAUAAAUAUUGUGUUG